AGAGGAUCCUAUCUGUCCAAUGCUUUCCUUCGCCUGUACUCUUCUUUCUCUUCCUGUCCGGAGCUAAACCAAAAUUUAUCCUACUACUGCUGCUACUACUACUACUACUCUACUGCUACUACUGCUAGCUUUUGGAAACCCCCCUCCCCGGGGCACUAAUCUCUGAAACUCCUCCUCCUUUUUUUCUUUUUCUUUUCCCCUUUAAAUUAACUGGGCAACCAUCCCUGAUUGAUUUGGAGUGUAUUUAUCUUUUUCUAAGAAAAAAGUUUUUUGGGGGGCUCUGAAUCCGAUGGAGAGAAAGGUGAUAGUUGUGUGUUGCGUGGUGGGAUUUCUAGGGCUAUUAUCUGCUGCUACGGGCUUUGCCGCUGAGGCCACCAGGAUUAAGGGAGAUCAGGUUAAAUUUCCCUCUCCUGAUGUCUGUGUAUAUCCAAGGAGCCCUGCAUUGGGCCUUGGACUAACUGCGGCUGUGACCCUUAUGAUUGCUCAAGUUAUUGUUAAUGUUGCUACUGGGUGUAUUUGUUGCAGAAGGGGCCCACAUCAAGCAAACUCUAAUUGGAAACUAGCACUUGUCUGCUUUAUUGUUUCGUGGUAAUUAGUGAUGCAUUUCUAUUUUCAAUCUAGUCUGCCAGAGUGCUAAUAAGUUUAUUUACACAAUAUAAGGGCACUAAUUAGGAUGUAAUUUGUGUUCUUGAUCACAGUAAGGGACAGCUUUUACCAUCCUGGUUGAUGCCAUCCUCAUCUGUAGGAUUGUCUGGUUUCUGAUCUAUUAUGGAAUGUAGGCGUAAAUUAGUUAAUAUUGUGAAACUGAUACUUAUAUCUCGGGCUUAGUCAUGAUUCACUUUAAACAUCGUAGGAAUUUUUUCACAUUGCAUAUAAUUGUCUAAGCCACCAUUUGGAUUGAAGGAAAUCAAAGGAAAGGAUACUAAGCGGUGAAAAGAAAGGAGUUGAGAGUCAAGUCAAGUUGUUUCCGGCCAUGUUAUUUGGAUUUGAUGUGGAAGGAAAAGAAAAGGUCAUAUGUAGAUUAGGCAAUAGAACAUAAUUUAACUAAAAAAGAUGAUCUCCUAUCCCUCAGUUGCCAACUACUUCUGGGUGGAAACCAAACUCCAGAAAAAUACUUGGAUCCAGUCCGUCCCAAUCCCUUCAUGUCAUUUUCUUUACCUCCUGAACAAAUCAACGCAAACACAAAAGACCAAAUCCCUCCUAUUCCUUUCAUUUCCUUUCCCUUCCAUUUCUGCAGUACAAACUAUGAUUGGGAUGUUUUUCUAACUAUCAUUAUAUGGAUGCAGGAUUUUGCAUAUUUUAUGCAGUUGAAACAUCUUUCAGGCACCAAAUACCUUGUAUUAAGUCAAAAAAAUU